UCCUGCAAUAAUGCAAUAUGAUCACUGAACCAAAGAAAAAUAAACCAUCACAAUGCAAUCAUGUUAAAGAUUAUACAUAUAUACCCCAUAUGUGAGUAGAUGUCAGUUGGGACUGGGCUGCUGGAAAGAAAGGCAUAUAUAUUAAUAUCAAUAUAUAUCGAUCUUGUUAGUUAAACUGCUCACUACUCAAAAACAAAAUCUGUAACUAGGGGUCACAAGUAAACACUGGUUUGUAUUAGGGGGUCAUAAGCACUCAGUUUAAUGAUAAUCCGAUUAUCUACACCACUCGUUUCCAAGCUUUUUUACUUUUAUAGCCAAAUAAUGCCUACUUACGACCCCUCAUCACAGGUUGCAUGUGUCCAUAAGUUGUGAGCAGUUGAAGCAGAAAUGUAUAUUUUAAUCAUCUUGUGAUCCCUGAGAUGUAUCUUGUGUCCUGUCUGGAACAGUCUUAUCAGGUUUUCUAUGGAUUACUGAGAAACCUCUUGAAUGUUCCUGCAGCCCACUGCUGAGUUAAGACAAGUGACACCUGCAAACUCUGAAGUGCUAUCAGGCAUAUCCACAGUUUAAGUAAGCUAUUGUAUUUCAAUAUAUAUCCUGACAAAAGUGCGGAUAUGAAAGCUUGAGUUCCACACUUACACCUGUGCAUAUUAGGCCUCACUGGGUUGAAAUUACAUAAUUGCUGAUUAAACAAGAGCACUGCUCAAUCAGAAGUUGCCCUAAGUGGCCUGGGAGUUUUAUCUCAGUUUUGACAUCACUCAAGGUCUUGCUGUUGCCUUCAGCCAUAUGGCUCUUUCCCAGAACAGAGUUUUGUGUUUUACCUUCCUGACCUUGAGAAAUUUGGGAACGUAAAGGGCAGAACAGGUGUAUAAAAACAGUUACAGCGAGGACUUUCUCUUACAUCCAGAGGGAAGUUACCAUGAAGGCUGUGGUAUUCCUGGCUUUGCUUGGAGCAGCGUUUGCUGCAGCUGAGGAUGAUAAGAUUGUCGGAGGGUAUGAGUGUCCCAGACACUCUGUUCCCUAUCAGGUGUCUCUGAACGCUGGAUACCACUUCUGCGGUGGAUCCCUCAUCUCCAGCCAGUGGGUGGUGUCUGCUGCUCACUGCUACAAGUCUCGUGUCCAGGUCCGUCUUGGUGAGCACAACAUCGCUGUGAACGAGGGCACAGAGCAGUGGAUUGAUGCCGCCAAGCUGAUCAAGCACCCACAGUACAACAGCUACAACCUGAACAACGACAUCAUGCUGAUCAAACUGAGCCGACCCGCCACCCUCAACAGCUACGUCCAGACCGUGGCCCUGCCCUCUCGCUGCCCCGUGGCCGACGAGAACUGCCUGGUGUCCGGAUGGGGCAACACGUCCGCCAACGGCAACAACUUUCCUGACAGGCUGCAGUGCCUGAGGCAGCCCAUCAUCGACGACAGGAUGUGCAGGAACGCCUACCCCCACCUCUUCACAGAGAACAUGGUUUGCUCCGGAUUCAUGCAUGGAGGUGCCAGCAGCUGCCAAGGAGACUCUGGUGGUCCUCUGGUGUGUAAUGGUCAGCUGCAGGGAGUCGUGUCCUGGGGUUAUGACUGCGCCAUGCAGGGACACCCCAGCGUCUACACCCGUGUGUGCCGCUACAACAGCUGGAUCAGCACCGUCAUGAGCAACAACUGAACAAACAGUCGCCCAUACAUCCAAGUGCAAGCUGACAUUACAACACCAUACUCAGUGCUCAUACUCUGUUUAUUUGGAACACCUUAUGUAUUAUUGUGUCAUUCAUAUACGUUUCAUAAAUAACAUGUUUAGGCAUAAUAUUCUGUAGCCAAUAGUUAAGACAAAGAAUUGGAUAAAUCAAUAAAAAUAUACAUUAGCAUCUGCA